UCAAGCUUCUUUUGGUUGGCCUUCUCUAGCUCAACCUCAAACACGGCCUUGACUCUGGCCUUAAACCCAAUUUAUAUUUCUGCCAUCUCUGUUGAAGUUUGAGUUAGCUGCUUCCUUGACAAGUACCGUUUUUACGCCGUCUGCUAAGGACCUAUGCUUCUUUGUACUUCUCUGAAUGAAUUAAAUGUCCCACACUCCAAUCCACACAUCCAACCACCCGCAGAAGAACUCGCAGAAAUGACAGUCCGCACAGAAGAAGUUGUCCGUCUCCCCGAAGCACACCGAAACGACACGCCCAUCUUCCCACUUCCCUCCUCUCCUCUCCGCAUUCACAUUCACUUCCACGCACUCGUCUCAGUGCACCCCCACUCACAUAACCUUAGCUCCAGUCUAGGAAUGAGCAUAAUGGUCAUAGACGCGCCCGAUCGGGCGCCGAAGCGGCCUUGGGAGGGUGUAGAAGAUCAAGACCGAUCGAUGGCUGAAACAGAUACGGAACUUAUAAAGGCUAAGAGAGUGCUUACGACUGAAUAUCUGAAAGGGAAUCGUUCCUGAGAAGAAUGGCGCAGAGAUAGUUGAAGUGUUUGGAGACAAGCAAGAGCCUGGGGGUGAGCCAUGUAGACGCGGAUAUCUGAGAAAGUAUCGUACAGA